AUGGAUUUUUUUGCAGGAACUUCCUGGACAGAUAUUUCGGGACAUCUUACUAAGAGUGCCAUACUUCCUGAAGUUUCUGAGAUCAUAAAUGUGAAGCAUAAGAUUAAUCCAAUAUUAAUUAUAUAUGAUUUAUUAUCUAAUACAUGGAAGUAUGGUGCUGAAUUUCCCAACCCCACACCUAGCGGCCUAGGGUUUGCAUGUUGUGCCUCACCUGAUGGAUCCAUUUACAUUGCAGGAGGAUUAGCCAGGUCUGGUCUUUCUCUUGGAAUACGUGAAGCAGUAGUUUACAAAGUAGAUGAAGACAGGUGGGAGAUUCUUCCUAAGAUGUACUAUGGAAUGUACAGCUGUAGGGGUGUUUUUAUUGAAGGAAUGUUUUAUGUCAUUAGUUUACGAAAUCUUGGAUGUCAAAGAUUUGAUCCCAGAACAAGAAAAUGGACAAUGAUGUUUGAUAUGUCUUUGCCUAGUUUAUGCUGUAAGGUUCUCUAUGCGUUUGGAAGACUAAUUGCGUAUGGAAUCGAAGGAAUAAUGCAAUAUGAUUGGGAAGGAAGGAUAUGGAGAGAAUUGGACCCAAUCCCUGGAAACCUUUCUUUCAGAUCUCGUGCCACAGUGUGGUGUGAUCGAAUUUUCUUUUGCGGAAGUUUUUGUAUCCUUCGUAUGUAUAAACCUGGAGCACCUUCCUCUGAGAGGUGGAUUUCUCUUGACGUACCCAACAAUUUUUUGGAAAUGAAUGUCGUAUCUAUUACCACCAUAGAAAUUUAG